AUGUCAUUUUUUAGUGAAUCCAAUCUUGAUCGUAUGAUCGAGAAUCUCCUUAAUAUGAAUCUUAUUCCUGAAGACGCUUUACGUGCAUUGUGUGAUAAAGCUAAAGAAAUAUUAUUAAAUGAACCAAACGUUAUUAAAAUUGAUUAUCCAGUUACAGUUUGUGGAGAUCUUCAUGGACAAUUUCCAGAUGUAAAAGAAGUAUUUAACAUUGGAGGAAAAUUACCAGAUACAAAUUAUUUGUUUUUAGGAGAUUUUGUUGAUCGAGGGUUUCAUUCAAUUGAAACUGCAUCAUUAAUGGUUGCACUUAAAGUUAGAUAUCCUAACCGAGUUCAUUUAUUACGAGGAAAUCAUGAAAGUAGACAAAUUACUCAAAUAUAUGGAUUUUAUGAUGAAUGUAUGAAGAAAUAUGGAAGUAGUGAUGCAUGGCAAAUAUUAACUAACUUAUUUGAUUGUCUUCCAUUAUCUGCACUUAUUGACCAAAGAUAUUUUUGUGUUCAUGGAGGUCUUUCUCCUUCAUUAAAAAAAGUUGAUCAAAUUUCUAUGUUAAAUAGAGUUCGUGAAGUCCCACAUGAAGGACCAAUGUGUGAUUUGUUAUGGUCUGAUCCUGAAGAAAAAGCAGGAUGGGAACAAAGUCCCCGUGGGGCUGGAUUUAUUUUUGGUAAAGAUGCAUCUGAUCAAUUCAACCAAAUUAAUGGCACUGAAAUUAUUGUUCGAGCACAUCAAAUGGUUAUGGAAGGAUAUCAAUGGAAUCAUAAUAAAACUGUUGUUACAAUCUUUUCUGCUCCAAAUUAUUGUUAUAAAUGUAAUAAUCUAGCUGCAAUUAUGGAACUAUCAGACACUGGAGAAUAUUCAUUCUCUCAAUUUUCUCCUGCACCUUCUCAAGAUGAGUUUCCAAAUACUAAACAUGUUCCUUCUUUCUUAUUUGAAUAA